AAGAAAAUGCAUGAAAAAACGAAGAGUGGAAAAGACAUAUGAAGAAGAAGAUGAUGCUGGAAAAUUGUGGUUGAGGUGAAUAUUGAAAAUUGGAGUGAGUAAUCAUUCCAACCCAAUCAUAAUGGCACUAAGACUGAGAGUGACUUCCGUUUCUUCACCGUUUGUUUCAACUGCCUCUGGAUUCUCACUCUCCCAAUCAUGCUCUGUUUUCAAACCAUGUUUUCAUCCUCUUCGCUUCCAUUUCCAACUCAAUAAUAGAAAUUACUCAUACCCAACAAGGCUUGUCAUUAGAGCUUCUAGAACAGAGUCCAAAGGUGUCAUCUUGGAUUUCAGGGUCCCUCAAUUUCAGCUUCCAGAGCCUCUAACUGGGAAGGUUUGGACAUUGGAAGGUUUUAAGGCUCAUCUAGCUAUACUGAAAGGACUUGCUGUUAUUGCAAUAUCUUCAAAUUCUGUAGCUACACCCCCCCAGUCACAGGAUGGUCGAAGGCCGUUUGAGCUGGUUUAUCAUGGUCAAUUUGAUGAUUCAAGGCCAAGUAGUGACAUACAAGUAACUGGAAGAAGAACAGUUUUGGCUUUUGGAAUUUCCUUGUUGGGUUUUCCAGGAGUGAGUUUGGCUGUGGUGAAACAAGGUCUUCUAGCAGGAAGAAUUCCUGGUUUGUCUGAACCCGAUGAACAAGGUUGGAGGACAUAUCGUAGGCCAGAUGAGAAAUCAGGAGGACAUGGUGUUGGCUGGAGUCCUAUUAUUCCAUACACCUUCUCGGUACCUCAAGAAUGGGAAGAGGUACCUGUAUCAAUAGCAGAUCUUGGUGGCACAGAGUUAGAUUUGAGAUUUGCCAGCUCUAAGGAAGGACGUCUGUUUGUCAUCGUUGCUCCGGUUCUUAGAUUCUCUGACACUCUUGGUGAUGAUGCUACAAUAGAAAAAAUUGGACCUCCAGACAAAGUGAUCAAUGCGUUUGGCCCAGAAAUGAUUGGAGAAAAUGUAGAAGGGAAGGUUCUUAGUGCAAGUGUAGCAGAACAUGAAGGAAGAACUUACUAUCAGUUUGAGCUAGAACCUCCUCAUAUUUUCAUUACUGCCACUGCUGCUGGCAACCGCCUAUACUUGUUUGGUGUAACCGGCAAUGGCCUUCAGUGGAAGAGACACUACAGUGAUUUGAAGAAGAUAUCGGACUCUUUUCGAGUUGUAUAAUUGGAUUUUUCAAUGAAUCGAGAGAUCAUGUUUAUGCAAAAUUCUGUCUCUGUAGAAUAGUAUACUGUAAUACACAAGUUUCCCACUACUUUUACUGAGUUGGAUAUCUGUGAAUCAAGAAAUCAAAUAUAUAAGUCUUUAUACCUUCAAUAUACCAAAA